AUGUCGACUCCGGAAUCGCCCAUCCGUCCCUCGCAGACGCCUGCCAAGCGCCGCAUCAGUCAUCUCGACUCCCCGCAUAGUCAGAUCUCGGUCUCCGAAGAGACCACCCACAAGAAGGGCCGAGCCGAACUCGACACGCCAGUAACGCCUGGCACGGGGCACACAGCAACAUCUGAUGCAGCUUGGCAGACAGCCGAUGUCGUCGACAGAGCUCUGGCCCGUCGGCGAUCCGAACCCCAGCCCUCGGGAUGCAACGAAUCCAAUGUGGAUGACGAUGCGGGAGACGGCGAAGAUGGUGGCGACGACGAAGAUGCUGCUGGGAAUGAGGCAGCACCUGCCGCUGCUGGCAAGACCGAGGCGCCGAAGACCAAGUCCGAGCUACAGAAGCUGCGCGAGAACUUUGCUAACACAAUGCACUUGUGCUCGCAUUUCUAUGCCGACCGGACCCUGCAACGGCAAAUGCGACUCGUCAGCACGGCCUGCAGACCUGUCCGAAAGUCCUACCAGAAGUCAUUGGUGGAUCAGAAGAGCCAGGAAUCCACCAUGGAGUUUCAAGCCUCCCGGGCCGCGGCCGGCUGGUUCGACACGGCCCGCGAGACGCUGCAGCUGAUCCAUCAACCAGAAGCAUUGCAGCAGUUCAAUGUGACGACGUCUGCGUCGACAGCCAUCCUCGAGGAGGAUGAUGUUUUGGCCGGCGAUUCCUGGUUUGUCGAGGAAGCUGAUAUGGUGGAUACCUUCUGGAAGCUUCUUGUGGAGCUGGCGUCUGCGAGAUCUUGGAGCCAGAUACAAUUUUCGACCAUCCAGCCUUGUGCUCUAGCGAUUGCGCUUAGCCCCGACAACGGCCCGAACAGCCUGGCACAGAAGCUGCUCCACGAGCAACGUGAUACUUGGAAGGCUGUACUGUCAGCGGAACGAUCAUCGGCGAGCGACUCCAAGCUGAGCCCCGGCGACAGGAAUGCACUCACGCUGGUGCUCCGCGACUUGGGGUGGAAUCGCCUUCAGGUGGCACGGGAGGCGAUGCUCGAGUGCACGGCCGCCGGCUGGAAAGUAUCCCACGCGCGUGUGCAAGAAACGGCCCACUGCCUUUUCGGAGGACCAGCCCAAACGAAGUACGAGCUCGAGGACCUGUUUGCUCAUUUGGCGUCGAUCGCACGUGCCUCCAAUCUCCCAACCUUCUUCACUGUGGAUCUCGAUCCUGCCCACUGCUCGCCAAUCUGGCUGUUCAACAGCAAGCUUGACCGGUGCGACUGGCUGCGACAUCAAGUGAAGCUGCUCCACCCACUGCUUGUCCCACCGGAUCUCAGGGGGUUCAGCAUCGUUCUGCAAAAGACUGGGCCACCACAAGAGCCACUGCCUGCGGCGCUGCGGGCAGGAGUGUUCUUGACUGUCAAGCAGCUCAGAGAGCUGCAGGGACACUUUCACUUUCCGAUCCCUGGAAGAGGAUGCGGCUCAGGAAAGAAGGGCAAUGUCAUCAAGAAGGACCUGGCUAAUGCACUGUUGACGUUUAUGUUCGGUGAAUCAUUGGCAAAGGCCGACCGGGAGCAGAUGCUCAACACCCUCAUGGGGCAACAAUGGGACCGCCAGGGAAAGGGAUCCCCCCAUGCCGCUGAGCUCGUCGCUGCUUUCAAAAGCUUGGACCCAACAGAUCAGCCGCACUUUUGCAAGCUGGCGGCCGUGGCAUCUGACGAAGCCAAGCUUAAGGAGACGCGUGCAGCUCGUGCUGACAUCCAGGCAGUCCAUGCUUCACCGGCAUACGAGACCCCGAGGGCACUGGCCAAGCUCCUCCCUUUCGGCGAAAACUUCAGCUGUCGUUUCAGCCGACACCCGGUAUUGAAAAGGUACCAGUGCUACAUCAUCGAUGGAGUCAGCGGCUUCUCGUCGUCAUUCGACAAUUCCUUUUUGGUUUAA